AUACACACAACAGCGUCAGUGCAGUGUAAAGCUCGUCUCAUCACAGACGGACAGACAGAUUGUGUUCCUCUCUCUGUAUGUGUAUGUGUGUGUGUGUUGUGUUGUGUUGUUGGUGAUGUAAUUGUUUAACUUCAUCGGGUCAGAAGAGGGCGAUCGGUCCGUUUAUCAUCAUCAUCAUCUGAGAUCCGUCAGGAGAGAUCAGACACAGAGACGCUCGCAUGAACCGUAUCGUGAUGUGGCCGCAGGUUCUGCUGGCGUGUCUGCUGACCGGAUUCUGCCGGGCGGCUCCUCACGCUCACAUCAACCGUCUCGCACUCUUUCCCGAUAAAAGCGCCUGGUGCGAAGCCAAAAACAUCACGCAGAUUGUGGGACAUACGGGCUGUACGCCGCAAUCCAUCCAGAACAGGGCUUGUCUGGGUCAAUGUUUCAGCUACAGCGUCCCGAAUACUUUCCCACAAUCCACCGAGUCUCUGGUCCACUGCGACUCAUGCAUGCCUGCGCAGACGCAGUGGGAGGUGGUGACUCUGGACUGUUCAGGAAGUGAUGAAGCUCCUCGUGUUGAUAAGUUAGUCGAACACAUUCUCCACUGCAGCUGUCAAUCAUGCAGUAAGGAGGGUGGACAGGACGGGACGCUGCUUCAGUUGUACCCUUCAGAGGGGGCGCCGGAGACCCCAUCCCUCUCAGACGCACAAACACACACAGACACGCAACCACAGCGCGGUCGCACACGUGCUGACUCUCCUCAUUUACACCUGCACACGUCAGAGACGGGAUGAUGCGGAUCAAACUACACUCACUUUUUAUAAAAAACAUCACACACUCGUCUCAUAUCUGCAGAUUAUUAUGAUGAAGAACUGAACAGAAGCUGGUAACGUGAAUUAAAGGUUCACUGUGUAAAUUUUAGUGGCAUCUAGUGGUGAGGUUGCAAAUUGCAAACACAUAGAGAAGCUACGGUAGCCGCCACCAAAAAAACAUGUCAUUGACAGAGACAUCUUAGUAAAAAAACUCUGUAGAAAUAUGGCGGCACAAAAUGGCGACUUCCAUGUAAGGGGACCCUCGUUGUAUGUAGAUAAAAACAUCUCAUUCUAAAGUAAUAAAAACAUAACGGUUCAUUAUAAAAAGGUCUUUAUACACAACUGAUAAUAUAGUUUUCUAUAUUGUUUUGCAUUUCUGUCAAGAGAUCCUUUUAAAAACUACACACUGCACCUUUAAGGUCCACUGUGUAGAUUUUAGUGGCCUCUAGGGGUGAGAUUCUGAAUCACAGCUCACCCCUUCCUUUCCAAACACAUAGAGAAGCUACGGUAGCCCCUACUGGACAAACACGGCAUCGUCUGAGACAACGUAGUGAUGAAACACAAACAGUUUGUUGGUUUAGGGCUAUUGUAGAAACAUGACGGCGACUUUCAUGUAAGGAGACCCGCGGUGUAUGGAAAUAAAAACGGCUCAAACAUAAUAGUUCAUUAUAUACACCACUGAUAAUAUACUUAUGUUGAUUGCAUUUCUGUCAAGAGAUCCUCCUGAAAGUUACACAAUGCACCUUUAAAACAGCCAUCUUAUCAGAUCACAGCUCCUUACAUUUCAAUAAUAUCACUGUUUACAAUAUGAGAAUAAACACACACUGCGCUGUUUUACUUUACACAAAUAUACUCUCACAAUCACACACAGAAAUAUUCAGAUUGAUAUUAAUGUCAUAAACACACACACAUUUAUUUCCUCUCUCACGCACACAAACACACUUUGUGUGUGGCUUUAAUUCACUUAUGUUAUAUUGUUUUAUUAAUCUCAAUAAAAAAGUUAAACCCUAA